CUUUGACAUACCAAGAAACGAGCAAUCACUAGCAAAGUCAUGCGAUAGAGUUGCGCCCCAUGCUCGAUGUUCAUCAUGCGCCGUGAAUAGCCUCAAGGCUAGCCCACAGCGCCUACGUCUACCCAUCCCAUCUCCACCCACAUAGGCCUUCCCCUCGGCGGAUGCAGUGCUGUAGUAACAGGCAUAUUCUGGUCGGUCCGCUUGCCCUAUCACCCCACUUGUUACUAUAAGUGAGGCGUUGCGUUAUCGCGCGCGCCAGCAGCCGAAGCACACCACCACGCGUCCGGGCAAUCCUACCGACACCAAUGCGCUCCCGAACACCAUCUCCAUUCGGACUCCAACCCGACAAAUCAUCAGUAUGGCCCUUAGUAUUGCUUCUCCUCCUAGUCUAUAUGGCCCAGGCGCUAUACACGCUUCCCUUGAACCGAGUCAUCGAGCUGCGUCUGUGUGAAGAGUACUAUACGCGAUACGAUCCCUCAGUCAUCCAGCGCGAUGGCUCCAUUCCAGAGAAGCUGUGCAAGAUUGAUGAGGUACAGAGGCAGCUGGCCUGGCUCCAGGGUAUCAUGGAGACCACGUUGGUCGUCUGCGAUUUCGUGGUCACAAUCCCGUUUAGCUUUGUUGCUGAGCGCUUCGGCUUUGGGGUCGUGCUUUGGUGUAAUAUGGUGCCGAGGAUCUUUUUGUCGGCUUGGGCUCUUGCCGUCGGGAAUUAUCGUCAUAUCCUCCCAACUAAGGCGAUUAUCGCCGGUCCGUUCUUGGCUGUUCUAGGCGGCGAGUGUGUCUUCACCUCGACGGUGUUUACACUGACUUCGGCAUUGACGCGAGAAUAUGUACAGCGGGCUUCGUACUUCUCCUACAUCAGCUCCACAUCCUAUGUGGUCUCCUUCAUGGGUCCUACUCUUGCAUCCUUCACCAUGAGCCAGAACCUCUGGCUUCCGUUCUGGGUCAAUAUUGGGCUUCUCCUAUGCGCCGUGCCCACCAUCAAAAUGCUUCCCGAAACAAAGACCAUCUAUCAGCCGCCAUUGAAUGAUCCCGAAAGGGAAAGCAGCACCAUUGAUGAAGCCGGGCCGCUACUCGCAGGAAGGGACCCGAGCCCAAGCCGGUACGCUAAUGCAUUCGAAACACGAGGAGGAAUCUUCCAAAGCAUACUGCAUGCAGUCCGCAAGCUGGUGCGCCUAGUAACCGGGCGGCGGAACUUCCAAGUGCUUCUCUGUUCGUUCUUUCUUACCGCGCUUGCCAGCUCAGAUACGAAGCUGCUUGUUCAAUAUAUCUCGAAGCGCUACGAGUGGACCUUCGCGCAGGCGGGCUAUAUGCUUUCUGCUAAGGCGCUCGUCAACUUUACAUUGCUCGCGAUUAUCGUUCCGCGAAUCAUACGCGCGUCUAUGGCUUCGAAGACUGUUCAUGGAUCAGAAGUGCGUCUCAACUAUCUGGGCGCCGAAGCAAGCAUAAUCGUAUCAGUCAUUGGAGUCCUCUGCGUCGCGUUAGCAUUUCGGUUCUGGAUGUUGCUGACCGCCCUUAUUAUCUACGCUCUGGGCUCGGCUUUGCCAGUGUUCACCAUGUCUCUCGUAAAAUCGCCCCUUAUUGCGCUCGCGGACUCGGAUAUACAGGAUUUCAGCAUCGUCAUGCUUACCAAGACGCUUGGUUCUUUGGUAGGCGCGCCCUUGAUGACCAUAUUAUGGGUUCAGGCGAUCAAGAUCGGGGGCGCUGGCGUGGGCUUGCCGUACUUUGUUUCUGCUUGCAUAUACCUACUUGCUGCAGUUGUAGUAGCUCACCUGAAGUUUUAACAUUAUUAUCAGGCUUUAUGAAAUCUAGUUCUCCA